AUGCAUGCAACAAAGUUAGCUAAUAUUAGUAUUAAAUAUCUUAGUGAUUUACAAUUAGAUGAUCUAUAUCAAUUACAAGAUGAAUUAAAUACAUUAUGGGAAAAUGGUCAAUCUAAAAUAUCAAAUAAUGUAUAUGAUAAAAUAGUUGAUAGCAUUAAUUAUGAAAUAACACAAUUAAAGACUGAUCCAUAUAAUUAUGCUGUUACAAAGACAGAUAAUAAAUUAAAAAAACUUGUUGAUUAUUUAACUAAAUUACAUUCACAAGGAACAUCUCCUAUUGGAAAUUCUAUAUGGAAUAUUCUUAAGGGGACCCCCCCCCCCCGCUCAGAAAAAAAUUCCCACUUAGAAUGGUCCGUUUGA